AGACACAACUUGUUACACAUGAAGCAUAGAGGAGAACCGAACGAAGUUGCAGGAAAAAUGUUCAUGUCUCCUAAAAGCUCAAAGAAAGAGUUGAUAGAAAAGAGCUCUUGAGAGCCAAAAAUCAAAGAACUGAGUAUAAUUAUGAUUGAAUGGUCAUAAUGUUCAAGAACAGCAGCAUCUCAAGCAUGUUCCAUCUUCGACACCACCAGCGAUGGGUGAACAUCUUGAACCAAAUUCCCAAAUGGAACUUGUUGGUCACUCGAUUGUGUUGACAUCGUAUCCAUAUCCAGACCCACAUUAUGGGGGAAUAAUGGCAUAUGGGGCACAAGUACAUCCUUAUUUACUAGGUAUCCAUCAGACUAGAAUGCCUUUGCCCCUUGAAAUGAAAGAGGAGCCUGUUUAUGUGAAUGCAAAGCAGUAUCAUGGAAUUUUGCGGCGAAGGCAAAUACGAGCUAAGUUGGAACUGGAAAAGAAAGUAAUAAAAGCUAGGAAGGUAGGAGUUACAGUUUGUGGUUUCUAUUCUUUAAAUGAGAUAAAAGUGCCAUCAAUUAUUAACUAUGAAAUACUGCUUGCUAUUCGAACCUCAAAACCUUCAUUCCCUGACCCUACAAACAAACCACCAAAUAAGGUAGAGACAGACUAG